CGUCUGAGCCACCAGGGAAGCCCAAUUAUUAUCAUAGUUUGGUUCAAUCUGAAAAAUGCCUAUUGAGAACCCACUCUCAAUAGGCUCUGCUGGAACUGGAAGCACACUGACUUGUGUAGGAAGAUGCUUCGAGAGUGUCCGGCGGAGAAGAUUUGCUCCAAAGCCGCAGGAGGUCACACCUCGGCUGAGGUGGUAUCAGAGCAUCAGGUCCUGAAGUCGAAGCUCUGGCAGCACCUCCCUGGUGCACUUUGAGGAAACCUCAUCAGACUUUUGCAUCUGGAAGGACGUUUGUGUCUGGAAGGCCUGUGUAAAUGCAAUAAUCUGUGUCAGUCAUGUUUACUAUAUUUUCCUUGAGGGGUAGCCUGAGUGUGGAAUUCUGGAGAGAAAGCCUUAAAAAAAAUCAGAUUAGGGAUUUACAGUUAGGGUUUGAAAGUUACUUUGACUUUACUGUAGGUUCUGUUAUUGGGGUUUAACUGUGAAAUUCUAAAACAAGGGUGGGAACCUCUGUUAUGAUCUUCUUUGUGUCUGAAUAGUUCUUUCUGUUGUGCUGGGAGGUCAUUUGGGAUGCUGAAAAGAUGAGCCGCAUGGUUAGUUAACAUGACAAAGGGCUAGGUGGGAUUGUUUAGAGCUGUCUUAGUGUUUUGCUUCAUUAAGUGGCCCAGCUCUUAGUUUGGAGUCUAGGAAUCUAGAAUGAACUUGUGUCCUACCCUCCAGGAGCUGGUUUGGGUAAGGGGCAUCAGUGACAUUUUAUGUAAAUGUCACUCCUGGGGUGAUGCAGCCAAUUUCUGUAGAAUUUUUCUUUGCCCAUCAUCUAUGCCAAACCACCCGACCUUUCCCCUUCUUUGCUUUCCGAAAAUACGUAUGUAGUUUAAGUGCAGUGUUGAUUGUAUUAAUGAAUACAUUUUAGGUUCCAUUUUUUCUUAAAAAAUAUAUAUUUAUUUAUUUGGCUGCCCUGGGUCUUAGUGACAGCCUGUGGAAUCUUUUUAGCUGUGGCAUGAGGGAUCUAGUUCCCUGACCAGGGAUUGAACUCGAGCCCUCUGCAUUGGGAGCACAGAGUCUUAGCCACUGGACCACCAGGGAUCACCAUUUCUAAUUUUUAACAACUGGAUGAGUGUAAGCUGUUAUGAUUCUCUCCCCCUCCCCAAUUCAGUAUCUUUGUUUUUUCACUUAUUUAUAGUCUUCAAAUUGUUUCUUUCCCCUGUGGUUUGUGGCUGUCACACAAAAAACUUAUCAGGUGAAAAUGAUCUGAAGAAAAACUGAGCUCAGAAGAGUGAUGGCUGUAGACUGUUGGAAUUUUAAUUUUUGCAGAGCAUGCUUGUCCUGGAUCUUCUUUUUUGUGUUGUUUUGGCUGUUGUAAUAUGCCCAUCCUUCUUCAUUGACCUUUAAGUCUUGUUCCUUGAAACUCACCUGGUUGUGGGACACUUAUUUUUGAGGUGGUGAUGUCUCGGGAGACGAAUGUGGAGCGUCAGCAGCCCCGCGGCAGCGCCUCCCCGCAGUCCCAGGGCGGCUUCUCACAGUCCCAGGGUCCCUCCUCGCAGCCACACAGCUCCUCGUCACAGUCCCAGGGCACGUCCAGCCAGUCCUCCCACUCCAGCUCUGGCACGCUGAGCUCUUUAGACACAGUGUCCACGCAGGAACUCUAUUCUAUUCCGGAGGACCAAGAACCCGAGGAGCCUGUCCCUGCCCCUUGGGCUCGAUUAUGGGCCCUUCAGGAUGGAUUCUCCAAUCUUGAUUGUAUUAAUGACAGCUACUGGUUCGGGAGGGAUAGAAACUGUGAAUACUGCUUCGAUGAGCCCCUGCUGAAAAGCACCGAUAAAUACCGGACAUACAGCAAGAAGCACUUUCGGAUCUUCAGAGAAAUGGGUCCUAAAAACUCUUACAUCGCAUACAUAGAAGAUCACAGUGGGAAUGGAACCUUUGUAAAUAGAGAGCUUGUAGGGAAAGGAAGACGCCUUCCUUUGAGUAACAAUUCUGAAAUUGCACUUUCAGUAUGGAGUAAUAAAGUUUUUGUAUUUUUUGAUCUGACUGUAGAUGAUCAGUCAGUGUAUCCUAAGGAAUUAAGAGACGAAUACAUCAUGUCAAAAACUCUCGGAAGCGGUGCCUGUGGUGAGGUGAAGCUAGCUUUCGAGAGGAAGACAUGUAAGAAAGUGGCCAUAAAGAUCAUUAGCAAGAGGAAGUUUGCUAUCAGCUCUGAGAGAGAGGCAGAUCCGGCACUCAAUGUUGAAACAGAAAUAGAAAUUUUGAAGAAACUAAAUCAUCCUUGUAUCAUCAAGAUUAAAGACUUUUUUGAUGCUGAAGAUUAUUAUAUUGUUUUGGAAUUGAUGGAAGGAGGAGAGCUGUUUGACAGGGUGGUGGGGCAUAAGCGCCUGAAAGAAGCCACAUGCAAGCUCUAUUUUUACCAGAUGCUCCUGGCCGUGCAGUACCUUCAUGAAAAUGGCAUUAUACAUCGGGACUUAAAGCCAGAGAAUGUUCUCCUGUCAUCUCCAAAGGAGGACUGCCUUAUAAAGAUUACUGAUUUUGGACAGUCCAAGAUUUUGGGGGAGACCUCUCUGAUGAGAACCUUAUGUGGUACCCCCACCUACCUGGCUCCGGAGGUUCUUAAUUCCUUUGGAACUGCUGGAUAUAACCGUGCUGUGGACUGCUGGAGUUUAGGAGUUAUUCUUUUCAUUUGCCUUAGUGGGUAUCCACCUUUCUCUGAGCAUAAGACUCAAGUGUCAUUGAAGGAUCAGAUCACCAGUGGAAAAUACAACUUCAUUCCCGAAGUCUGGGCAGAGGUCUCAGAGAAGGCUCUGGAUCUCGUCAAGAAGUUGUUGAUAGUGGAUCCAAAGGUGCGUUUUACGACAGAAGAGGCUUUAAGACACCCGUGGCUUCAGGAUGAGGACAUGAAGAGAAAAUUUAACAACUUGCUUUCUGAAGAAGAUAAGUUGAUGGCUGUGACCCCGGUCCCUGCCCAGCCUUCCACAAGUCGAAAGCGGCUUCUUGAAGGGGAAGCAGAGAAUGCUGACCCCACGAAGCGCCUGGCUGUGUGCGCGGCUGUCUCGUGAACACUGGUGGACCACGAAAGAAGUGUACCUUCUUGAACCCCUCUGCUGCCAUUUUCUUUAAAUAUGUUUUGUAUAGUUUGUAUUUCAUUAUGGGACGGCUGCUUUUCCACAACCAUUGACACACAAUUCAAAAUGUGAUGGAACCUGGGCUUUGUGCUUCUGCGUGUUGAUCAGCUCUUAGCUACAUGCCUUUAGUGUGUAUGUAUCUGAUACGUGUACUUCUGGUGCUUCUACUUUGGCUGUAACUAGACAUGUUUCUGAGGUUACGUCCCUGGGUGAGCUGCGUACAAAUUCUAAAGACCCCUUAGAAAGGUGCAGGGGAAGGGGCACAGCAAGUCAGGGUGGGGUUUGUUGAAAGUGGCUGGUUGCCAGUCUUUACCAGACAGUUGGUACUUUGGUGCACAUACCAUGGCCCACUUUUGUGUUUUUUAAUUUUUUAAAUUCAAUUUUUAUUUUUUUGGCUGCACAGCUUUCGGGAUCUUAGUUCCCCGAACAGGGAUCAAACCUGUGCCCCCUGCAGUUGAAUCAUGACGUCCUAACCUCUGGACCACCAGGGAAUUCCCCCAUGGUUAGAGUCCCAUUCUCACCCUCAUGGUCCCUAAAACCACAGACCCAGAUAAGUUGUGAAAAUCAAAAACUUCCUGAUUAUAGGAAAAAGACCAGAAACAUUGACUGUGUUUGAAAUGUAAAUAAGGCAUGUGGACUUGUCAUGUUGACCCAAUGAUGACCAAGAAGACCCUAUGUAAAGUGCCUGCCUUGGUUGGUCUUGUCUAGUGAUUCAGUGUGCUAGGUCCUCUGAUUACCAUCAUGUUAUAAGUGGAGAACCCAGACUGAAGAAGUGAGGUGACUUACUCUAUGUCACACAGCUAGGAAGUGGCAGAGCUGGGAUCCAGCCCAGGGCUUCCUGACUCAAAUUCAUGUUCCCUAUCUCCUCUGUCCCUUAUUUGAUGAGACUCACAGACAAAACUCAUGUGAGACUGAUGUCUAAAUCUUGAAUACUGGUAUGUUCAAUCAUGAUGGAUGGAUACAACCCCAUAAUCUGUGGAAGUUGGGACAUCUUGGGGACAAGGAACAGAGGCCCAUUCAAAUUACUUCACGGUAAAGGAGAUUUGUUUUGGUCUUACAGAGGGCUGGGCCUGGGAGGCCAUCAGGAGCCCGGGUAGUUCUAAUGGCUGGCUCCUCUUGUCUCCUUCCAAUGCACUGAAUUUGCUUCUCUGGUCACUUUGGCUGAUUGAUGCUAGGCCACAUUGUAACCUGCUGACCAUGUCAUGAGUUGAGUGCCUUGGUUUGGAUGCCGCUGCUGAGCCAGCCAGGGGAGGGUCAGGGGCACACAGCUGUUGCCCCAGGCAGUGAGGGUGGUGGUUGGCAAUGGAAAUUAAAAGGGUGUGUAGGCAUUCUGAGGCUUGGCUGGCCUGUUGCUGAGGGCUAGAUGGGGAUUUAGGUGGUUUGCAUAUUUAAAGGAAUGAGGCAGAGAUUGCCAAGUUAGAUGGGUUUCAGCUCAUUUGAAUACUUAAUGUGAAGGCUGUGGUUUCUUAGGGCAUCUUUCCCUCUGGGGUAGUCAACCAGCCCUUCUCUAUUUUCAGUGCACUCUCUGAUUACACCUACCAUGGGUAAUGGCCUCCAAAGAUGUUCUUAUCCUAAUCCCCAGAAUUUAUGAAUAUGUUCCUUUUUCAUGGCAAAAGAGAUUUUGCAGGUGUGAUUAAGUGAAGGAUCUUGAGAUGGGAAGGUUAUCCUGUUUUAUCAAAGUGGGCCUGUGUCAUCACAGUGUUCCUUUUAAGAGGGACACAGGGGGAGUCAAGGGUCAGAAGAGAGGGAGUGGUAUUCUUUGAAAACAGAGGAAGAGGCCACAAGCCAUGGACUACAGGCAGUUGCUAGCAGCUGACCAAAAGCAAAGAAAUGGAUUCUCUCCUCACAGCCCCCCUGAAGGAACCACUGCUUUUACUUUACACCUUGACUUUAGUCACAUGAAACUGAUUUUAGACUCUGACCUCCAGACUUAACAGAAUAAAUGUGUAUUGUUUUAAGCCACCCAGAUUGCGGUAAUUUGUUACAGCAGCCAGAGGAAACAUAUACUCAUUAAUGAGACAUCAACUGCUGAUCUGGGGAUACCAAGCAUCCACUUCCACUUCUUAACCUCAUACUCCACUUUUCUUUAGGGGGGAAUUCUUUUCCCCUAUCCCAUGAGUUCAUAGCGGGAGGGGGAGAUGGUACCUAAGAAGCCAAAGGGGUCCCUAGAGGCCUCUCCCCUGGUAGAGCUCCCCCCACUGACUACCCAGCUGGAGGUGGGCACAGGACUAAAACAUUAGGAAAUGGAGCUAGGAUGGCAACAUUAGUAGGAGCAAUUAGAAGGGGUGUGGGGGGGUCCCUUUUUCCAUCUGCCCCACCCACCCGUGUCCUGGCAGGACUGACCCCACUCCCUUCCUAGAGGGGCUCCAUAUGAUCCAUUCUGGCCAGUCUUGCUGUGAUAGGCUCAGGCAGAUGCAUGUGACCCAAAGGGGCCCUAAAGAAAGAAAACCCAAGCCUUUGGCUGGAGCUACUGGGAAACAGUUCCUGCUGUGAAUAUGUAAAGUCACAUUCAUAAAUUAUGGGAAGUUAGGUUGAGAACACCUUUGGAGGCCAUUAUUCACCCUACCAUGGUAGAGGUGUGAGCUGGGAGGUGCCUGGGACACUGGGGAGAACGGCAUGAGAAUGAAGUCAUCACAGACAGAAGCAGAGCUGAGAUGUAGAAUGACUGAGCUUAUUGUUUGAGUACCUGGAUCCAACUAUCCCUUCAGUGAAGUACCAACAAGGACUUUGAUUUGUUCCCUUAGUUGAUUUACUUCAAGUUGAGUUUUUUUAAAUUAAACAACAAAUUAAUUUUUUUCAUUGUUUGGUCACUUGUGUCUGGAAGAGGCCAGACUAAUAAAUCCAACCAUUUGCAAACUCUAA